CACGUGCGCACGCUCCAUUCAUGAACUCCAUAACCUGUAUGAUUUUGUUUUGACAGUCUCAACGAAAAUGACCGCGUCAUGAGCGAGCUCGUAUGCUCGUGAUCGAAUUACGAGUGAGAUUUCUCAUCUGAGAGGCAUGUGACACACAGUAAAGGUAAUAUUUGUCGCGUAUCGUAAUAUAGCCCGUGACGAGAAUGUCCGCGAUUAUAGACGAUAAGGUUGUCGCGGGCGCGAAGAGCUCGAAUACCAUCAAAGAAGAUCCGAUCGUAGCAUUAAUGGAAAGAGUGAAAGCCUUGUAUCUCUUCCGAGACCGUUAUUUUGAGACGCAUUCUAUUGACGAAGCGAUUAAGAAGAAUACUGACGUAGAAAAGGAGAUGAAAGACACAUUGAGCAAGUUCGACGAGUGUAAGGGAUACGAAAUCGAUGGCUCGCGUGCAAAGUAUUAUUAUUUAAAGGGAAAGGCUCUGAACGUGGUGGACCGUUUCAUUCCACAGGCGGAAGAACUUCUGAGCAAAGCGGUGAAAUUGGAACCAAAAUUAAUCGAGGCUUGGAAUGAACUGGGAGAGUGCUAUUGGAAAAAUGACGACGUAAAACAAGCAAAAAAUUGUUUUGUUGGCGCUCUGCAACAUGAUAGGAAUAAAGUAUCUUUGCGAAAUCUUUCGAUGGUACUCAGACAAGAACAAACAGCAUCUGUUGAAGAACGAAUAAAGAAUAUUAAGCAAGGAGUGGAAUAUGCUAAGGAGGCUGUCAGCCUUGACACGAGUGACGGGAUCUCCUGGGCUAUAUUAGGGAACGCUUAUCUGUCCUUCUUCUUCACAGUGGCACAAAGUCCCAGUACAUUACGAUCAUGCAUGUCAGCAUAUACCCAAGCGGAAAAAGAUAUCAUCGCAAGAAGUAAUCCAGAUUUGUUUUAUAACAAAGCAAUAGCUCUGAAAUAUCAAGAAGAAUAUAACUUAGCGUUACAAUCGUUCGAAAAUGCAAUGGCGCUCGAUCCGCUGUGGGAAACACCGCGUAAUAAACGCGACGAAUUACUACAAUAUCUUAAAGAUAUACAAAACUCAAUUAAUAAUAACGGAUACGUAAAACCGAAACGAUUAUAUCAAAUGAUACGGGCAUUGGAUAUUAAACACUUAGGACCAUAUAAGGGUGGAUCAUACACAUACGGUGGAAAGUCUGUAAAAUUAGAUUUAAUUCCUUUACGGGAAUUAACUCUUGGAUUGAACACAGAAAAAGUUGUUUUUGGAAAAGUAGUUUGUUGGAUUCAAGAUUCUGAUUGCGUCCCAUUUGCUUUUUGUCUUGUGGACGAACAGAAGACGUGUAUUGUUGUUACUGUAUAUAAUUUAGCUAAAGGCCGAGGCGUCACGGUCGGAGAUUCUGUUGGUAUACCAGAACCUUUCGUUACACAUCAGAAAUUUUCCUAUAUGAAUAAUGAUUUUGAUUACAAAUCUAUUCGCGUUGAAACCCCAAUUGUACUUGUAGUUAAUGGAAGAAAGUUAGGCCGAGAACAACAAGCCGGUGCAAAUUUACAUACUUUUAAAAAGACAGAUUAGAUCUGAUAAGCAAUACGUACGUUGAGCGAAUAUCAGAUCACGUCCACAGUUAGUCUCAGAUAUGAAUAAUUUUCUUACCGUUAUUUUUUAUUAACAAUAUAUAUUAUUUUAAUACGAAACUCAUCAGUAUUUCAGAUUUUGUGCGAUAAUACACGAAUUUAAAAUGAACGAAUGUUUCAAAACGUUAUGUGCCAAUAUAUAUUGGCAGUAAUAAAAAAGAAUAAGCAAAAUUAUAUAUUAUGUUGUAUCAAUUUUGUAUUUUAUAAUAAUAUAUAAGAAAAUAUUCAUGUAUACAUCUAAGCUGCUUCUGAAGAAAAAAAUGAUAUAUAUUUUUCAUUAUAAUGAUAAUUAUUAGACAUAGGCACAAUGUGCAAAAGCAGUAAUUAACAUAUCUGUCAAUUUACAAUCAUAAAUCAUAGAGCCAUAAGACUUUGCUUGUAUCUUUUAUUUAAAUUUAUGACUGAAGCAGACAUAUACUAUUUUUUAUCUUUAUAUUAUAAAUAUAUUUUAAUUCUUUAUUAUCGUUUAUUAUUAAAUACAUUUUAGAAUACUCUUGUUGAUCUUUACAAGUUCCAUGGGCUCUUAUUGAUUUAUCAUGAGAAUAUCUAAUCUGUUAUAUAAUGAUCCUUGAUUGAAUCCUUUUACCUAAAUUAACUAAAGUAUAUAUUUGCAAAGGCUAAAAUAUAUAUCUUCAGCGGCAAAAACCGGCCGGACCUCGCGAGUUACAGAAAAUUUGAUAUAUUUAUCAAAUGAUUGUCAUAGUAUCUUUUAUUAUAUCACUGAUAUUAUAUUGUUUGUUCCAAGUACCUGUAAAUCAAAAUAUUAAAACAGGGCAAAGAUUGGCAAAAAUACGUAUAUCAUGAUCAUUUUGAAAGCAGGAAGGAAAA